AUGAGGCUCGACGUGAAUGUGCUUCGGUAUAUGACGAAGGAGGAGUUUCGCGUUCUGACGGCGAUCGAAUUGGGACAGAAGAAUCACGAGCUCGUCCCUACGCCGCUCAUCAAUUCCAUCGCGAAAUUGAAGAGGGGAGGGACCUACAAGUACAUCUCCAUGCUGCACAAGAACAAGCUUAUCGCGCACGAGGCCAAGAAGUACGAUGGCUACAAGCUCACCUACACGGGGUAUGACUACCUGGCCCUCAAGGCGCUGCGCGAUCGCGGCGUCGUAUCGGCAGUCGGCACCAAGGUCGGCGUGGGCAAGGAGUCGGACAUCUACCUCACCACCAACGAUGAGCAAGAAGACCUCAUUCUCAAGCUGCACCGAUUGGGCCGCAUCUCCUUCCGGCAGAUCAAGAACAAGCGCGAUUACAUGCAACACCGAAAGCACGCGUCCUGGCUCUACAUGGCGCGCCUUUCUGCGCUCAAGGAAUUCGCCUACAUGAAGGUGCUCUACGACAAUGGUUUCCCCGUGCCCAAGCCUGUUGACGCGAAUCGCCACUGUGUGGUCAUGCAGCUCAUCAAGGGCUUUCCACUCUGCCAAGUCAGCGAGAUCCAGCAUCCGGGUCGGGUCUACAACAAGCUGAUGAAGCUCAUCGUCAAGCUCGCCAGAUAUGGCCUCAUCCACGGCGACUUCAACGAGUUCAACCUCAUGAUCACCCACGAGGAAGAGGUGGUGCUCAUCGAUUUCCCGCAGAUGGUCUCCACCAGCCACCCGAACGCCGAAGAGUACUUCGACCGCGAUGUGCAGUGCGUGCGCACUUUCUUCGGCAAGCGUUUCGGGUACGAGGAGAGCGAGUACCCCGUGUUCGCCGAAGUGAUGAAGGCCCUGGACGAGGAAGCGGCCGCGGCCGAAGCCGCUCGCGCGAAGGAGAACAGCUCGACCACCGCGGAGACGCAAACCGAUGGAAGCGACGACACCACACAGAAGAAGGACGAUGAUGGCAACGCCACCAGUGAUAAGAACGAUGACGAUGAACCGGAGCCAGAGGAGAACAACUUCAAGAAGAAGGUCAAAAAGGUCGCGCCUGCCCGAGCCCGACCCGACCUGCACGCCGCCGCCGCAGCCUGGUGCCGAAACCACGACGUCGACCCCGAGAUCGACGUGCCCCGCGAGGGCGCCAGCAACAGCGACGACAGCGACGAGGACAGUGACGACAGCUCGAGCGAUGACGAGUCCACGACCGACGCAACAAAGAUCGACGAGGCGGCGGCGUCCAACGAGGCCGACGGAGAAGAAGCAGCAGACACUGUCGUCGAUGGCGAAAAGAAGGAAGAUGGAGGAGAAGGGGAGGGAGAGGGCAAGAUUGAAGGCGAAGGCGAAGGGCAGACUGAAGAAGGUGAGGAGGGCGAGAGGACUGCCGAGGGCGAUCUCCAGUUCCACAUCAGGAAGAGGAUCAACAAGAAGCUGGCCAAGCGAAGCAAGGGCAGCGGCGGCGACACCAGGAACUCCUACAAGAGCAAGGGCCGCCGGGUAGGCAACAAGGUCGACAAGGUGGGCAAGGCCUCGGGCUGGUACUGA